UGUGGACAUUUUUAGACCGAGUUGAGAAAUACAGGACACCAGAUGGAAUGACAGCUGUUUUUAUGACUUUGCAUAGCACUAAUGUCUGUUGAGGAGGAAGAGCGUGUUCAGUCCGGCUCAUUGCCUCAGCAGUAAAGUAAUCAGAUGUCUUCACAAAGGCAAGAAGAGAAGACAUCCAGACAUAGCCGAACUGAAGUGCCAUCACACCAUUUACAAUACUAAAGUUGAAAGGAGUUGUCUGACAUCAGAUAUUUCUUCAACUACCCAUUUCAACCAGCUGUUCAGCAUGCCUCUGUACAUCCAUGCCUUGGCAUGUGCUUUCGGUCUGGGCUCCUGGGUGUCCAUUAAUGGCUUGUGGGUGGAGCUUCCUCUGAUCGUCAAUGUUCUGCCAGAGGGUUGGGAUUUGCCCUCGUACCUCACAGUCAUCAUUCAGCUGGCCAACGUAGGCCCUCUGCUGGUGACCCUGGCACACAAAUUCUGUCCCGGACGACUACGUGAACAUCUGGUCAUCUAUGCGGUCCUGUCGAUCGGUGUUGUAGCUUGCGUCCUACUUGCCGUGUUUUGGAAGAACACCACUGUGAUCCUUGGGCAACCGCAUAGCACAGCAUUUUUCAUUCUCACGUUUUUUCUUGCUCUAGUUGACUGCACCUCAUCUGUCACCUUCCUGCCAUUCAUGAUGCAACUUCCAGCCAAAUACAUCACCACAUACUUCAUUGGAGAAGGUCUGAGCGGACUAGUUCCAGGCCUGGUGGCACUAGCACAAGGGGGCGGGAUGUCAAAAUGUGUCAAUGUGUCUCAUGUGUCAGAUAACCUCACAGAGCCCGGACCUCCAAUCUUCAUUGUGGAGACCCAGUACCUCUCUCCUAAUUUCUCCUCUGAGAUAUUUUUCUCCUUCCUGGCCGUAAUGACAGCAAUAAGCCUGGGCUCCUUCAUCAUAUUAAACCGCAUGCCUCGUACAUAUGAACUAUCCACUGAAAAUCUCGUCCCGGACUCAGAUGCUGUUGCAACAGUCUGUAGGGGUUUGGAAGACCCUAUGGACCCCAGUCCAAAGACAAAAAGUCCAGAGGAAAAGAUGACAAGUACAGUGCUGCUUUCUAAACCACUGCACUCCGGCUAUCAGUUGGCGUUUAUCUAUUUUAUGGUUUUGUGGGUGAACGGUGCAACAAACGGACUGCUACCCUCAGUGCAAACAUUCUCCUGUAUGCCAUAUGGAAAUAUGGCCUAUCACCUGUCAGCUGCUCUGUCAGCGGUAGCCAAUCCAGUGGCCUGCAUCAUUGCCAUGUUUUACCCUAAACGUUCAUUAGUAUUUCUGGGUGUCCUGUGUCUACUGGGCUCUGUUUUUGGAGGCUACAAUAUGUCCAUGGCUGCCAUGAGUCCCUGCCCAUUACUCCAAGAUACACAUCUAGGGGAUGCUAUAAUAGUUUUGUCAUGGGUGUUCUACACCGGUUUGCUGUCCUAUGUGAAGGUGAUGGUGGGUGUGAUUCUGAGGGACUGCAGUCACAGCGCCCUCGUUUGGUGUGGAGCAGCAGUUCAAGCAGGCUCUUUGUUGGGCUCCGUCAUUAUGUUUCCCCUGGUUAACAUCUAUCAUCUUUUCCAAUCAGGAGACGCUUGCAACACCAUAUGCCCAUUAUAAUAAGGGUUUAAAAAGAAUAACAGGGGAAUAAAAUACUGCUCCUUUUUUCCUUUUAUUUUCUUUUCACAUUAACUUAACAUUUGUACUUUUUUUGUUGUUGUUAAUUAUUGUGGAUUAUUAUUUAUUAUGUUAAGAGUUCAUGAUAUCUGGAAAUAUCUACAAGUGUUUCUGGAUCAAUUAUGGAUUACCAGUCCAAUAUUAUAGCAACAUCUUAUGAGUGCUAGUGCUGUCAAAUGAUUAAUCGCGAUUAAUCAGAUCCAAAAUAAAAGUUUUUGUUUAUAUAAUAUAUGUAUGUGUACUAUGUAUA